ACAAUGCACUUGGCCAUCAUUGCUCCUCCGCUCACAUCCGCUUGACUCGCUAUUUGUGUUGGAAAAAGGACUUUGUGAAACUGCAGCGAUGUCAGUCCAGGUUGUGGCAGCGAAAAUGGCAGAGGUCGAACUCAAAGACGUCCCCACCGGCAAAGACUUGCCGGCUGGUUCCCCGAUGACACCGACCUCGGAGGGCAAGAAUCUGGCAAGAAACGACCCACACGAGGCCGGUUCCUCAGCGGCUGCUUCCCCUACAGCGGAGCCCUCCGCGAAAGCCGGGGAAGCCAGCCUGGGUUUGCUCACCCCGAACCCCGCGAAGAUGCCGCAGGCGUCGGCUAUGAAGCGGACGGACCCGCAGCAGAACGGCGGGGAGGCUUUUGUCAACCGUGACGGCACCGUGGCUGAAGCGCCGCGGAUGAAAAAGAUCCAGUUUGCGGACCAGAAACAGGAAUUCAACAAGCGUCCCUCCAAGAUCGGCCGACGCUCUCUGUCCCGUUCAAUCUCCCAGUCAUCCACAGACAGUUACAGCUCAGCGGCGUCGUACACGGACAGCUCUGACGAUGAGACAUCUCCUCGGGACAAACAGCAGAAGAACUCCAAGGGCAACGGAGACUUCUGCAUCAAAAACAUCAAACAGGCAGACUUUGGACGCAGAGAGAUCGAGAUUGCAGAGCAAGAGAUGCCAGCCCUGAUGGCUCUAAGGAAGCGAGCCCAGGGGGAGAAGCCCCUCGCCGGUGCCAAAGUGGUGGGCUGCACCCACAUCACUGCUCAGACUGCUGUACUUAUGGAGACUCUGUCAGCUUUGGGGGCUCAGUGCAGAUGGGCAGCCUGCAAUAUCUACUCCACCCAGAAUGAAGUGGCAGCUGCCCUGGCCGAGGGAGGUUUCAGUGUAUUUGCAUGGAAGGGUGAAUCAGAGGACGACUUCUGGUGGUGCAUUGAUCGCUGUGUCAACGUGGAAGGCUGGCAACCCAACAUGAUCUUGGAUGACGGUGGAGACCUUACUCACUGGAUCUAUAAAAAAUACCCCAACAUGUUCAAGAAGAUCAAAGGCAUCGUAGAGGAGAGUGUUACCGGCGUGCACAGGUUGUAUCAGCUGUCCAAGGCAGGAAAGCUCUGUGUUCCAGCCAUGAACGUCAACGACUCGGUGACCAAGCAGAAGUUUGACAACCUCUACUGCUGCAGGGAGUCCAUCUUAGACGGCCUGAAGAGGACCACUGACGUCAUGUUUGGCGGCAAGCAGGUGGUGGUGUGUGGAUACGGAGAGGUGGGAAAAGGCUGCUGUGCCGCCCUCAAAGCAAUGGGCUCCAUCGUGUACGUCACAGAGAUCGACCCGAUCUGUGCCUUGCAGGCGUGCAUGGACGGCUUCAGGCUGGUGAAACUGAACGAAGUCAUCAGACAAGUGGACAUCGUCAUCACCUGCACAGGCAAUAAGAACGUGGUGGUGAGAGAGUACCUCGACCGCAUGAAGAACGGCUGCAUUGUCUGCAACAUGGGACACUCCAACACUGAGAUCGAUGUGGCAAGCCUGCGGACUCCGGAGCUGACCUGGGAGAGAGUGCGCUCUCAGGUGGACCACGUCAUCUGGCCUGACGGCAAGAGGAUAGUGCUGCUGGCUGAGGGUCGCCUGCUGAACCUCAGCUGUUCCACUGUUCCCACUUUCGUGCUCUCCAUCACUGCCACCACCCAGGCUUUGGCUCUGAUAGAGCUCUACAACGCCCCGGAGGGACGCUACAAACAGGAUGUUUACCUGCUGCCCAAGAAGAUGGAUGAGUACGUGGCCAGCCUACAUCUCCCCACGUUUGACGCACAUCUUACAGAGCUGACUGACGAGCAGGCCAAGUAUCUGGGCUUGAACAAGAACGGGCCCUUUAAGCCAAACUACUAUAGGUAUUAAACCAGUGUUGGGGUUGGACUGAAGAAACACAAAUGCUCCAUGAAUGGCACAGACUCAAAGACGGAGAGGAGGACGGACAGACGGACAGUCAACAAACCUGCUUUAUAUUCUGGGGGGGAAGGGGAGGAGCUCUGACGGAGCCUGUGGGGGGCAGAUGGGCGUGGCUUUCCCGGCGCUUACGGCAGUCGUUUUAUUUAUUCACGCUUGACAACAAUAAUAACAUUAACUCUAACCUCUGCCAUUAGCUAGCUCCCCGACGUCGUCUUCUAGAAGACGCUCGACUUCCCUUCCGCUCGUCAUUUCACCACCAUUACCAGUUUAGACGCUCAUUUGUGUGUCCAGUUGUAUGUAACUCCUCCAUCCUCCCUUUCCGUUGCCAGAUCUUUUAUUGUUUAACUAUUAAAGAUGAAAUUAUUGAUGCUAAAAAGAUAUAUACUAUAUAAAAACAAAACUUGAUUAAAAAAAAAAUCUGUGUGAAUGAAGAUGACCUUUGAAGAUUUAGUGACAGACAUUUUUUCCUGUCCUUUUUUUGUUGUUGUCUUUUUCUUUUCUACUUGUGAUUAUUUUUGUUGUUUUUCUCUUGUGUAAUAUUGCGAGGGCGGGUUAGACCUAGUGGGAGGGGUUUAGGCGGGAUCUCAGGGUCCAAUCAUAUCAUUUCUUUUAUUUGAUCGUUUAAUGGAGAUUCACCGUUGUGUCUGUUUUUAAACAUUUUUUUAUGUCCCUUUCUGAUCAGCCUGUACUUUGUCAUAACUUUCUUUUUUUUUUAAGUAUGACUGGAUGGUGAUAGGUUCUUCCCACCUGUCACUAAAAGCCACAGUGAAACCAUCUCAUUGGCUGCUUCUUUUCUCGGCUUCCAGCUGCUCACAUGGCGCCAGUGUUGAAGUAAUGAAGUAUUUCACGCUAGUGAGAAGCUAACCUUUUUUUUUUUUUUCAUUUUGUCUUUCCCUUUACCAAGAAUGACUAUACUGUAUUAGCAUGGCAGGUUGUCAGAUCAUUACAAUGGGAAUACUGUAUAUUUAGAUAUUUAUAUUGAAAUUAAGAUUUUUCUAUCUUUUCUCUCCUGCGCCAUCUAAUACGUUUUUUGGAAAAAAAAAUUAAAAAAAUCAACAUAUGUCAUAAAGAUAAGCAAUUAAAUGUUCUAAUGAUAAGUGUAAUAAAUGUACUUGAACCCUCAUUUUGAAUACUGUGACAGAAAAUAUUUACAGAGAUACCAAAUGUGCAGCAAGCUGCCGUCAGGCCGGUACUUAAGCAGAUAUCUUCAAUCAGGUCCUCAUUGAGAAGUAUGGUGCUGUUAAGAUUUACUGUACUUACCAUACACACCACGACUCUUUGGUACUCACUGAUCUAGUCAAGGGGUUCAGUGUCAAAAAUAAAAUCUGGGAUCUCAAUUCCACCAUGAUGUAUUUUCUUUGCAUUCAUGUACAUUUUCUGCAAAUUCAGGGGAUUUUACAAUUUUUUUUUUAAUUUUUUUUUUUAAGAUUUCCAAACUUUUAUUAUAUAUUUUAGUUUCUUCUUCCCCAGCAGAAAGGCUUUACAUUCGACCGGUAUAAUGAGCUGUACUAUCUUCAUCCUCAGCAGCUCGUCCCCAGCUGACCUGACGGUGGAAAUUUAAAAAUCCUAACAGUCAUUACGUCUGACAGCCCGAGUGUACCCCGCCGCUGUACCGGCUCUGCACCUGAUCCAAUCAGAUUCUCGGCUAACCCGCUGGGGGGGAUGCUGCCAGCUCCACUCUCUCCGAGAAGGAUCAAAUGCUUAAACACACACACACAUACAGUAGCUCAUUAUCCAGGGCUAAAAAUUAACCGAUCUUUACGUGGAAACGUGAUCAUUCUACAGCCUUUUUAACAGAAAGAAAUGGCACAAAAAGCUUUGUUUACCAGUUGAAUAAAUACAUUUGCUCGCUCAAAAUACAAAUAUGCCUACACAUUUCAUGCAAUUAUGUUUUUGUGUGAUACUUUAAGUGAUUUCAUUGUGCGUAAUAUCAACAACCAGUGAGGCUUUUAAAGAAACAAUUUGGGAUAUAAGCUUAUUUCCUUUCUUGCUGAGAGAAAAUAUACCUCUUUAAUGUCCACACAGUAAAAAUGCUGCUGGAGCCAGCAGCCAGUUAGCACAGAGCUAACCAGCAGCCCCUCUAAAGCUCAGCUUUUGUACAAAUAAAACAGUUGCAACGCGUUAAUUAGUGACUUUAAAGGUGCUGUUAGGUUGAUUUUAUUACCUUUUUUGGAGAGAUAGGCUAGAUGCUUUCAGUCCUUAUGCUAAGCUAAGCUAACCGGCAGCUGGCUCCAUUUGGCAUGUGAGGUAUCGAUCUUCUCGUCUAACUCUUGACAAGAAAGUGAAUAAGUUCAUUUCACAAAAUGUCAAACUAUUCUUGUUAAAUUUGCAAAAAACUAAAGUUUUAAAGGUGUGCAUAUGCCACCGUGUCAUGACUAGAUCCUACACUGUGUCGCAGCCCAUGUGAUCUUCAAUGUUGCAUUGCUCUCUGCCAACGUGUGUGCGUUUUGUCUCUGUGCUGUUGAGAAUCUCCUUUCAAAGUAGAGUGACCUGCUGUCAAUGUACUUCUUAAACCUGUUGUCUCGAGUCUUAUUUUUAUUUUUUUUUUUGUACGUUUUGAAUGCGUUUCAAAGCGUACGUGACCUCCUUGAGAGAAAGCUGAUUAUAGACGACGAGGUGUGUGUGUCUUUUAAAUGUCUUUCUGUGUUUGUACACAUCUUUCUUUCUUUUGUAGGCCAUCGGUUGCUUCGUUAACAGCUGCCUCAGGAUCCUAGCCUGCGCGUUAGGGGGAAGAAACCACCUUUUUUUGUUUUUGUUUUGUCAGCCAUAAGCUGACCAACACAUGGGUGAGCGGGGGACGACACCAGCAUCAUAUAUGUAUAUACAUACUAUAUACAGAUAUGACAACCUUUUAAAAAGUAUAGGAAGAUAAAAGAAGACUCUUAACUCCUGUAUUUAUUGUUGUAAAUCCUCAAAGUGCAAACUGGCAAAAUUCUCAAACAUGUUGUCUAAGAAGAAAAAAAAAACCCUAUGUUUAAAUAUUGCAAGUGAUAAUAGUAGAUGAUGAGCAAUAAUUAAAAAAAUUCUGUAAUCUUAAUGAAUAAAGAUGUAAAAAACUGUAA